AUUUCCACCCCCACCACUGCAAGAAGAAAGCGACCUUGCAAAAAAAAGACGCUGAAUAUGAAUGCCAUCUUUUAAAAAGGGGGAACAACAAUACAGGGUACAUCCCUAAAAUUGGCUGAACAAAAUGAAAUUUUAUGCUCUGCUUUGUUGUUCCUUGGAGCUACAGGAUAAACAAUGGGAGAAAAACGGAAAAGACAACAAAAGCUUCAGAAUGUUCCACGGAUUUCUUUCAUUCAAGUCCCUCCCUCUGCCUCUGACACCUCAUUACUGAAGGCCCUAACCCGAGGGCAGCAGCGCUACUUUUACAGCAUCAUGAGGAUUUACGACUCCAGGCCCCAGUGGGAGGCCCUGCAAACCCGCUAUGUUCACAGCCUCCAGCGCCAGCAGCUGCUGGGCUAUCUUACUCAACAGGAGGCCUUGGCUUGUGCUGCUGUUCUUAGAAACUCAACCAAGAAAGCCUCAGCCAAGAAACCUCCUCAAAGAACCAUGCCUCGGAGGGCCUCGGCCAUGACAAGAACAUAGCUGCGAGCCUGCUCUGUCUCUGGUUCCACUCAGGGCCCGAAGUGCAGUGCUCUGAUCCCGCAGGAACCAAGACUUUGCACGAGCUCUGAAACAGGCAGUUUGCUCAUGUAUGCCUGGCUUAGUGUGUAUUUGUUGAAUGAGAAUGAAUAAUAAUAAUAACAAUAAUAAUAGUGAUAAUAAUAGUAAAACUUCUAAUACAAUCCCCACAACUAGAAAUAAUCUUUGUCCCAUGCACAUAAAUUUUAGCAGCAAGAACAAGUUGAGAGGUUUAAGAGCAACAGAGCUAAGAAUAAAGAAACCCUUCACUCAUAUAGUCUAUAGAGUAAAAUGACUUUUGAAACUUUCAAAGUGAAAACUUCCUUUGAAUUAGAACUUCCCAGAGAGGUCCCAAAAACAGUGAAAGGGGACAAGUCAUCAGAGUGUGCCAGGUCUCCUAUCUCUGUUGACCGACCAUUCCCUGAAAGCCACCCACUGCACCCAUUGAAAAUAUGCAAACCAACACAGAGUUAACACUGAGCAUGACAGGCUUCCAGAGCCAUGUCAGCUGCAACUGAACCGUGCAUUUCUAUAACAUUUCUCACUUCUCUUCUUCCCCAUCAAGUAGUGGCAGUCAACUUGGCCCCAAAUCUUCUGGUUCUCACCUGACUUAAUCCCUUUGCAUUAUCUUGAAACUUAGACUUACCAACCUGCCACAGCUGGGUUCUUUCUACAUCGCUGUUAUUGACCUUGACACGCAUAAAGAGAAGUCACGCACACAUCGUCCCCUGGCAGCUGAAGAUACCCUCUCAGCAGAACAAGAAAUGCCCCAAAGAAUAAUCUCAAGUCUAAUCUUUACGUGACCUUGAUGGUUUUAGGUAAACACACAAGACUAUACGAAUAAGCAAAAAUGAGGUACCAGUGAGUCACAUCAUCAUAUUAAAGUUAUAAUAUUAUGUUAUAUUUAAUAGUUAUUUUCACCACUAGUGAUUUUUUGUGUGUGUUAAAAAUUAGUCACCAGUGUUCACACAAAAUCAAAAUAAAAAAUGACUUUUGUUCAUCUUCUUUCUAAAUGUUCAGACUCCUCCCCUCCUUUAAAUUAGCCAAUGACUUUGUCAUGCGCUUAAAAGGAGUUGCUUUAGAUGGAAUAUAAACUUGCUUAACAAGGAGUAUGCUAACAAUGAUCUGAAGAUGCUGCAACAUUACCAGAAGAAAAAAAGACAACCCAAAAACCUUAUUGAUGAUAAUUAUCAUCUCUCUGGAACCAUUAACAUAGAAAAUAUAAAAGUUAUGAGAUUCUGAAACUCCCAAUACUGGUUCUGAGAUCCUAUGUGACUUUUCUUUGGGAGAAACAAGGGACAUAGUUGACCCACUUCAAGUCUGAUCUGAAGACGUUGGGAAACCAAUGCUGACCUCACUGAGUCCAUUCACUUAGUCACAAACAAGCUUCUUGACCUCUGCAUAUCCUGGCCCUGACUCAUCCUCUAAAUGGCUUUACAAUUUUAAGAUGAGAAUCAUUAUGUGGGCUUAAAAGAAGAACAAAAAGUCAAAUGGCACUGGGGUGAGCUAUGGGGUAGCGCUCCUAAGGAACAGAGGUGUGUGGCAGACCUAAUUUGGCCCCUACUAACCUCCCCAUUGUUUCCACCAUGGGGAUUUUAUCCCUUUAAUCUUCUUGUGUGCACUUUCAUCUUAGACUUUAUUUUUUUGAUGGGCACAGAUAUUUUCUGCGUAAACCUUAGCUAGUGAUGCAGGACAUCAAGGAGGCCACGUGUGACCCUGAGCUGCAGCCCUCCAUUACAAAUCUCAGAAAUACCUUUUUUUCUGAUAGAGGAUUUACAAGCUAAUUGGCAGGUGAGUUGUCACAGCCCAUAAGGAGGACAAAUAGAUCUAAGUUGGUGCAGAAAUUCCCACGUGUUGGCUCUCCCUUCAGAAAAGACAACGUCUUUCCUCUUGAGCCCCAUGCCCAAAGCUUACGAAGAAAAUGAUUGGUUAUGGUGCCAGAAGAAAGGUGCUCAAGGGUGAGGACACUGAAAAAGAUAAUCGAAGGGGAACCUAGGACAACGUAUAAUUUUGGGGAAAGUCUGCUACUUUGACCUAUUGGAGACUAUAUGUUGGUUGCUCUCACAAUGUCAAUAGAUACCAUCAGAACUUAAAGUUCUUGAGAUCAGUGACCAAUUCACCUGAAAUACUAGAACCUAGAACAGCGCACGGUCUGUGGUAGGCAAUCAAUAAAACUUCUUGAAUAAUAAUGAAAUGUUCAAAGACUUUGCAAAUCAGACUGGCCUCUGACUGUGAUAUUAUUCCAGGGUCCCAGGAAGCCACAACUACUAAAGAGGAGUAGCAGUAAUUUAGCAAGGACAGGAGACAGCAGCAGUCCAAUUCAGGAGCAGGCAAUAAGGGUACAUUGUCUGUAAAGAAUUUUGAAA